AUGAGUUUCGGAGCUCCCGGAGGUGGUUCAGUGAACUACAAGCCCACGCCGCCUGAGCGUGGUAGCUUUCCCCUUGACCACGAAGGAGAAUGCAAGCACAUUAUUUCGGGAUACUUGAAGUGUAUCAAGCUCAACAGAGGCACCAACGACGAGGCGUGUCGCAAAUUGGCCAAGGAUUAUCUCGCCUGUCGAAUGGACAAUCAGUACUGGCGGAACGAAUUGCUGAUUGUGUCUCUGCAACUUAGGAACCUCAUGGCGCCAGAUAGCUUCGAUAACUUGGGCUUAGUGUUCAAAGGCGACGAGGGGAAAGACCAGAAUUCCGCCCCACCAGCCACCAAUACGAAUCAAACGGAAACCAAGAAGUGA